CAAACAACACGUACGCUUCUUCACCAGUUAGACGCUUUUGUGAUCUGUCGUCACUCGUCGCCAAGUGUUUUUUUUUUAGGUUCUGGCGUCUUUUUAACUUUCAAAAAAAAAAAAAGUCUUAAGCGCAUACAAGGAAAAAGAAUAUUGAAGCAGAGUUUGUUCCUUUUUGUCUCCCCAGAUCCAUAACUCUCUGUUUUGGAUUCCUAGGGUUUUAAUAGUCGUCGUUUGUUUUCUUUCAAUCAUAAGAAAAAAAGAUGGGUGAUUGGGGUCAGCUAGCUCAGUCUGUGAUCUUAGGUUUGAUCUUCUCUUACCUAUUAGCCAAACUCAUCUCGAUCGUCGUCACGUUUAAAGAAGACAACCUCUCCCUCACUCGCCACCACGAUCCCGAACCGGAAUCGAAUAAACCGGAGGUUGACUCGCGCCGCAGCAUCGUCGAAUCGUCUACAGGCGAGGCCGACUCGCUCGUGGCGGAGCAGGGUAGCUCCAGAGGGGAUAGCGUCGCUGGUGGUGACAGCGAGGAGGAAGAAGAAGACGAUGAUGAUGAUUGGGAAGGCGUCGAGAGCACGGAACUCGACGAGGCUUUCAGCGCGGCUACUCUGUUCGUGACUACCGCCGCCGCGGAUCGGCUGUCGCAGAAGGUGCCUAGCGAGGUUCAGCAGCAGCUUUAUGGAUUGUAUAAGAUCGCUACGGAAGGGCCUUGUACUGCUCCUCAGCCUUCAGCUCUCAAAAUCACUGCUCGUGCCAAGUGGCAAGCAUGGCAGAAACUGGGUGCUAUGCCACCUGAGGAAGCGAUGGAGAAGUAUAUUGAGAUUGUCACUCAGCUCUACCCAACUUGGUUAGACGGUGGCGUGAAAGCGGGGAGUCGAAGUAAGGAUGAGGCGGUCUCUAACUCAGGAGGAACCAUGGGGCCAGUUUUUAGCUCAUUGGUUUAUGAAGAAGAAUCCCAAAAUGAGUUGAAAAUUGAUGCCAUCCACGAAUUUGCUAGAGAAGGAGAAGUCGAGAAUUUGCUUAAAAGCAUUGAAAGCGGCAUUCCUGUUAAUGCAAAAGACAGUGAAGGUCGCACACCAUUGCACUGGGCUAUAGACCGUGGUCACCUCCAAAUUGCUAAGCUUCUGGUCGAUAAGAACGCUGAUGUGAAUGCUAAGGACAACGAAGGCCAAACCCCUUUGCAUUACGCUGUUGUCUGCGAGAGAGAAACCAUCGCCGAGUUUCUGGUGAAGCAGAAAGCUAACACAGCCUCUAAAGAUGAUGAAGGUAACUCACCACUCGAUCUCUGUGAAUCAGACUGGCCCUGGCUCCGAGACUCUGCAAAGCAGACAGGCUAAAACCAUAUUUUACUAACCACAGAGAUGCCCGCCCUCUUCUCUACUUCUGCAAUGUAUAUGAUGAAAGUGACUUAGUAAGAAAGCUCUUCUUUUAAAGUUCAACUCUCAUAUCUCCACCAUAUCGUUUCCAACAGUAUCUCACUUGCAUGUUUCCAAGUCUUAUAUUGCAACUAUCUUUUGUGUCCCUCUUUGUGAAACACAUAUCGUAACCGGUUUUUGUUGGUUUGCUAUAUAAAGAGAGGGUUUUUUUUU